AUGCUCAGAAAUUCUUAUAAUAAUGAUAAAUCAAGUUGUGUAAAUAUAAAAGUUAUUGUAAGAUGUAGACCAUUAAAUGAAAAAGAAAAGAACGAUAUAAAUAAUGAAGAGGUAGUUCGAAUUAAUAAUAAUGAAGUUAUAUUAACAAUUAAUAGAAAUAAUGAAAUAUAUGAAAAAAAAUAUAGCUUUGAUUAUGCAUGUGAUAAAGAUGUGGAUCAAAAAACUUUGUUUAAUAAUUAUAUUUAUCAAAUAGUAGACGAGGUCUUAGAAGGAUUUAAUUGCACUUUGUUCUGCUAUGGACAGACAGGGACAGGUAAGACAUAUACUAUGGAAGGCAAAAUAUUAGAACACCUGAAACAAUAUGAUAAUAAUAAUAAUAAUAAAAAGAUAGAUUUAAAUGAAAGUGUAAAUAGCGACAUCAGUUACUGUUAUGAACUUUGUGAGAAUGAAGAUACUGGACUUAUAUUUAGAGUGACUAAAAGAAUAUUUGAUAUAUUGAAUAAAAGGAAGGAAGAAAAAAUAAGAUAUUAUAAGGGCAAAAAUAAUAUAUAUGAUGAAAAGGAUAAGAAAAAUAUAAAUAUAAUAAAUAAGGAACCUACUGGUAAUAAUAAAAAUAAUGAUAAUAAUAAUAAAAAUAAUGAUAAUAAUAAUAAUAAUAAUAAUCAUAAUAAUCAUAAUAAUAAUUAUUAUAGUCAUAAUAAAGUCCAUGUUGAUAAAAACCACAUUUUAAACAAUACAAAUAUAAUGGAAGAACAAAAUAAUUUAUCAGUGUGUGAAAUGAGGAGAGAUGCUAAUAGUGAUAUAAUAAAAAAAUGUAGUGUAUCUAAAAAUAACAAUAAUGAUAUAUAUCCAACAAUUGAUGAUAAGAAUAUGUAUGAUUUUAAUAUAAAAAUUAGCUAUUUAGAAAUAUAUAAUGAAGAAUUAUGUGAUUUAUUAAGUUCAACGAAUGAAAAUAUAAAACUCCGAAUAUAUGAAGAUAGUAAUAAUAAAAGUAAAGGAUUAAAUGUAGAUAAAUUAGAAGAAAAAAGUAUUAAUUCUUUUGAAGAAAUUUAUUAUAUUAUAUGUUCAGCUAUUAAAAAAAGAAGAACAGCUGAAACAGCUUAUAAUAAAAAAUCAAGUAGGAGUCAUUCCAUAUUUACAAUUACAUUAAUUAUAAAAGAUAUAAAUAGUGUAGGUGAAAGCAUAACUAAAAUAGGUAAAUUAAAUUUAGUUGAUUUAGCUGGUAGUGAAAACGCUUUAAAAAGUUCCUAUGGUUCUUUAAAAAUUCGACAACAAGAAAGUUGUAAUAUAAAUCAAUCCUUAUUAACUUUAGGUCGAGUAAUAAAUUCAUUAAUUGAAAAUUCAUCUUAUAUUCCUUAUAGAGAUUCUAAAUUAACUAGAUUAUUACAAGAUUCUUUAGGAGGUAAGACCAAGACAUUUAUUGUUGCGACAAUAUCACCUUCUUCUUUAUGCAUUGAUGAAACACUAAGUACUUUAGAUUAUGUAUUUCGUGCUAAGAAUAUUAAGAAUCGACCUGAAAUAAAUAUAAAAACUACGAAACAAUUAAAAAUAAAAGAUUUAAAUAAUGAAAUAGAAAAAUUAAGAAAUGCAUUAAAUUUAAGUCGAGAAAAAAGAGGUGUUUAUCUUGAUACAGAAGAAUAUAAUAAUAUACAAAAUAGUUUAAAAAAAAAUAAAGAAAUAUUAUUAGAAAAAGAAAAAAUUUUAUUUGAAAAAAGUAAAAAAAUUAAAAAUCUAUUAAAUAAAAUGGAUAAUACAGAUGACUUACAAAAUAAAAUAUUUUUCUUUUUAAAAGAUACUAUUCAAAAAUAUAAAAAUAUACAAUCAUUUCAUCAAAUAUUAAUGAAAAAAAUUAUAGAAGAAAAAUAUAUUACACAAUUCUUAUUAAAUAAAUAUCAUUCAUUAGAAGAAAAUUAUAUUAACCAGAAAAAAAACUUUGAACAAAUAAAAACAAAUAUGUCUAAUCAUAUGCAGGAUAAUCUAUUAAAUUUAAAAAAAAAUAUAAAUCAAGAAAAUCAUCUUUUAAAUGAUAUCUGUAAAACCAUUUUAUUCAUUUUAGAUGAUACUAAAAAUUAUCUAGCACAAAAUAAAAAAUCAUACAAUGAUUAUAUUAAUCAUUUUGAACAACUUAAUAGUAACAUUAAUUUUAAAUAUAAUGAUACUCUUAAUUUUAUACUUGAUCAUAUGGAUAUAUUGCAAAAAUAUGAUCAUGAUUAUUUGUCAACAUAUGAAAAGAUAAAAAAUGAUAUAUCUCAAUGUAAAAUAAAUAUACCACAUAUAAAUCAGGACUUUAAAGGUGCAUCCACAUCUGUCAUUAGACAACAUUUAAAUGUCAUAAAAGAGGAAUAUAAUAAUAAUAAAAUAAAAGAAAAUGGAAAUGAAGAAAAUGACCUAACCAAUGACCUAACCAAUGACCUAACCAAUGACCUAACCAAUGACCUAACGAAUGACCUAACAAAUGACCUAACAAAUGACCUAACAAAUGACCUAACAAAUGACCCAACAAAUGACCUAACAAAUGACCAACAAAAUAACACUAUUAUGUAUAAUCAUAUAGAUGAAUCCUUUUCUAACCCUAAAAAUAAAGAAAUUAUAAAAAAUUUAUCAUUAAAUAAACAAAGUGAAGAUAUUAUAGAACGUCUAGAUAAAUACGAAUGUGAAAAGAAAUUAUAUAACGCAAAAUCAUUAAUUCAAUAUAUUAAAAGUAUAUGUAAUAUAUUUCAUAUAUUUUUAAACGAAUCAUUUAUGUUACUAGAAAAAAAAAGUCAUCAAAAAUAUACACAUUGGAAUAAAGACAAAAAUAUUAUCAAUGAUAAUAUUCAACAUAUAUAUAAAGAAUAUGAGCAUAUUCAAAAAGAAAAUAAUUUUAUAAUUAAUAAUUAUAAAAAAAUAAUAAAUGAAGAUAUAAAACAAUUUAAAGAAAAUAUUUUUAAAGAUGUACAAACAGUUGUAAAUAAAAAUGUGGAAGAUAUUUAUCAAAAAAUUAAUAACAAAUUAGAUUUAUUAAAUAAAGAAAUAUAUGAAAAAUCUAAUGAAAAUUAUAAAUCUGUUUUUAUAAAUUCUGUUACAAAUAUAGAUCAUUCUAUACAACGUCUUAAUGAAACCAAUAUAAAUGAUCAAAAUGAAUAUAAUAAUAUUAAUAAUGAUAUUAAAACAAAGAUCACAAAUUAUCAUACUGUUUUAUAUAACAUAUUAUCAUAUCUAAAACAAAAAAGUUAUAUAGAAGAAAAGGAACAUAAUAAAUAUUUAAAUGAUACUUUAAAUAUUUAUAAUAAUAUAUUAUAUACAAAUAAUCUAAAUAUAGAUAAAAUUUUAAAUCAGUUCUCUAGUCAAACCAAAAUAAACAAAAUAGAAAAACGAAAAUUAUAUCAUAUAAUAUCUGAAAAAAUCUUACAAAAUAAAAAUAACCAGUUACAAGAACAAAAUGGAAAUAUACAUUUAUUAAAGUCUAAUGAAAAUAUGAAACUAUUUAAUAAUGUAUUUGAACAAAAUAUAGAAAAAUGUAAUAUGUAUAUAGCAGAAUUGAUAGACAUUUUAAAAAAAAAAGAUUCCAUCUCAGAUAUUCCAUCUCUAUCAAACUAUGAAGUGAUAGAAAAUAUGGAUUAUGAAAUAAAUCUAAAUGUAAACGAUCAUGUCCAAAGAAUAAGAGACACCUUUGUUAACAUAGUAGAAAUGAUUACUCCUAUAAAAAUGGGUUCUGCUCCUAGAGACUCCAACUACGAAACAAAUGAUGAUAUUAACCGUGAAGAUAAUAAUAAUAAUAAUAUUAAUAAUGAUAACAAUUUUGAUGAUGAUGAUGAUGAUAAUGAUAAUAAUAAUGAUAAUAAUAAUGAUAAUAAUAAUGAUCAAGGUGAGAGUCAUAAUAAUUAUCUUUAUAAUGAUGAUGUCAUAAGACAUAAUUUAUACCUACAAGUUAAAAAUAAUCUGAUGAAAGAAAUAGAAGAAAUUACAACAAUACAAGAUAUAGAUUUAAAUAAUGUAUUUGAACAAAUAAAUGAAAAUUUCCAUUUUCUUAUUCAAGAUGAUAAAAAUGUAGUAAAUGAAAAUAAAUACUCUCGUUACAGUAGUUUAAAUGAUAAUAUAAAUAAUAAAAUAGAUAACAAUAAUUUAGCUGUAAAAAAUAAUUACAACAAUUUAUCUUUAAAUGAAUAUAUGACAACUAAUAAAAAUGCAACUGAUAAUCCUAUACAAGGAACAGAUGAAACUUAUCAGCAUGAAUUAAAUUAUUUAAAUGUAAAUCAACAUAAUAAAAGAAUUGAUAUAGGUGCAGAAAAUAUGAGUGUAACCAGUUUAAAAGAAUAUCAAAGAAAGAGAAAUAUAAAUGCUCAAAAUAUUCAUAUAUCAAAUAACAAUAAUAAUAGUAAUAAUAAAUUUCAGUGCACAAAAAUUAAAUCCAUUGAGAGCAGUGCAUUUCCAAAAAAAGCAUCCCCAGCUUUAAAACGUAUAAAAGAAGAAAACUAUAAAAAUAAAAAAUUUAAACUACCAAGAAGAUCCAACGAAUAA